AUGCUCUGGAUUAAUAAGGAGGUUGAAGCGGAGGAGGAGACGCUACGGUAUUGCGCGAAAUAUACGAUUACCUACGUAAAAGGACAGCGUAGCGACUACGAGUUAACUAUCGACCUUAUCCUUGCCUCGGAAAACCUAAUAGACUCUAUAGUUAAGUGUGCUAUAUAUAGGACGGAGUACCGUUCGGAUUACUGUACUAUUAAGACUGUAUUUGACGCCCUAUAG